CUUUUUCCCUGCGUUUGCUGCCAACGGAAAACGAGCUGCUUUCCGUUAAAAUUCCCGCAAAAACCUCGUGAAAUUCGGCCAAAAGCCAGGAGCGCGAAGAACGCGUUGCUCUGGGGGCUCUGGCAUCCCCUGACAGGUGGGCCACCACGCCGGCGGCGGCCCCGCGGGGCAGUGGGGUUCGAGUGUUUGACUGCCACCACUGCCAGGCUACCAGUAGCAGUGCAGCGCAUCUGAUCCCCUCUUCUCCGUCGUCACUCGUGGCAUCCACCCAUCUCAGGCAGGCAGCAUUCUCUCGCUUUCCUUUCUCCUCUUCUCCUCCUCUCCUCCUCCCGCAUCCUCCUCUGUUCGUUCCGAUCGCCGCCGUUCUCCCCGUGAGAGGCCGUUGAGCCACCCCCGCCCGAUGCGGCGGCCGGCGCUUCGAGUGACGAGUUGACGGGUCCAGUGGCGGCGGGAUCUUGCCGCCAGCGGCAGCGGCACUCGGCCGACGCAGGACUUCGUGAGUACACUGGUCUAACUUGUCAAGUUCUUGACGUUGCCUGAUUAAUUCCUGCUUGUAAGUAUGGGAAUUUACCUCAGUACUCCAAAAACCGAUAAGCUAUCUGAAAACGGGGAAAAUGAUAGGCUUAAAUUUGGUCUUUCGUCUAUGCAAGGAUGGCGUGCAAGCAUGGAAGAUGCUCAUUCAGCAUUGCUAGAUCUUGAUAGUGAGACAGCAUUCUUUGGUGUUUUUGAUGGUCAUGGAGGAAGAGUGGUUGCCAAAUUCUGUGCAAAAUAUCUGCACAGUCAAGUUCUCAAAACUGAAGCUUAUUCAGCUGGUGACCUAGGCAGUGCUGUGCAUAGAGCUUUCUUCAGAAUGGAUGAAAUGAUGCGAGGACAGAGAGGUUGGCGAGAACUAUCUGCACUUGGAGAUAAGAUAAACAAGUUUAGUGGUAUGAUAGAGGGGUUGAUUUGGUCCCCAAGAGGCAGUGAUUCGAAUAAUCAACAAGAUGAUUGGGCUUCUGAGGAGGGACCUCACUCUGAUUUUGCUGGGCCGACAUGUGGGAGUACAGCAUGUGUAGCACUAAUAAGAAAUAACCAACUUGUUGUGGCAAAUGCUGGUGAUUCACGGUGUGUUAUUUCAAGGGCUGGAAAGGCAUACAAUCUUUCAAGGGACCACAAACCUGAGCUUGCAGUUGAGAGAGAAAGAAUAAUGAAGGCAGCAGGUUUCAUCCAUAUGGGACGAGUAAAUGGGAGUUUAAAUUUGUCAAGAGCAAUUGGUGAUGUGGAAUUUAAACAGAACAAAUUUCUGCCUCCUGAGAAGCAAAUUGUGACAGCAAAUCCUGACAUUAAUGUUGUGGAGCUCUGCGAUGACGAUGACUUUGUUGUUGUAGCAUGUGAUGGCAUUUGGGAUUGCAUGUCAAGCCAACAGCUGGUGAACUUCAUCCAUGAGCAUAUAAACAAGGAGAGCAGCCUAUCUGCUGUGUGUGAAAGAGUGCUUGAUAGAUGCCUGGCUCCAUCAACAAUCACUGGAGAGGGGUGUGAUAACAUGACCAUGAUCCUGGUGCAGUUCAAAAAACCAGUCGAUCGGAGGAAGAAGUCCGAAGUGGCUGAGCAAUCUAGCAGCAGCGCGGAUGGAACUGAGAUUCAAAUGCUUCGGACCAGUGUUGCCGAGGAGUAAAAAGAGCUCGACACUCGCAAGGGCGCAAUGCAACCGUCUGGAUUGAGAAGAGCUGGAAAGGCAAAGAAAUGUGUAGUGUGCAUAUCCCAACUAUAUGAGGCACUCACGCACAUCCUUCCUGAAAGGACCCUCAGAUAAUGGUGUCGGCUGCUGCAAAUGGUGAAUCUCCAGAGCACGACCAUUCUCCAUUCGUCGUCGAGCAUCCAGGUUGCAGUUUUUCGGUCAUCGUGCGGCGAAGUCGGUGUAUUCUGUGGUGUGAGAUUCCAAGUGUGCUGUAAAAAGGUUUGGUUACGUGCCUGCCUCACUAGGUUGCGCUUUCUUUCUGAAUGAUAUGCGUCGAAUCUGAAUCCGAAUCUGGAUCCUGGGCUGUGUAUGUUGUUUGUUGGAUGGGAAGCGGUUAGGAUGAACCCCCUGGCCUUACCGUAUUCCGGUUACAGUCAGCGGCGAUUGUGAAGUGCCAGUGUGCUGAUUUGUUGAUGGUUGAUGCAGUUUGUUUUUUUGGAGUAUUCAAUCUUUACA